ACAUAUUCUUCCUAAACAUUGGCCGGAUUUGAAAAAAAAAUAUGGUUAUGGUGGUUGGAUACAAAUGGAUCAUUAUGAACCGGGCAAAGCAAGAAUGCUUCUUGACGGAAAGAACUUUCGUGAAGUUCAAUGCAAUUGCUGGUCUGCCGAAGAAAGAAUACGAGAAUGCAAUGCCUCUGAUGUAGAUGUUCAGGUUCUAUCUACUGUACCAGUAAUGUUUUCGUAUUCUGCAAAACCUCAACACACGCUCGAUUUGGCGCGCUAUUUAAAUGAUCACAUUGCGCAAGUUUGUGCUGAAGACCCAAAACGAUUUAUCGGUCUCGGGACUCUUCCUAUGCAAUCUUGCGAACUUGCAGUCGAGGAAUUACGACGAUGCAUUAUUGAGCUUGGGCUCGUUGGUAUUCAGAUUGGAAGUCAUGUAAAUGAAUUGAAUCUGGAUGCUCCAGAAUUGGAGCCUCUUUGGGAGGCAUGCGAAGAACUUAAUGCUGCUGUGUUUGUACAUCCAUGGGAUAUGGAUAAUAAAGGACGUAUGGAAAAAUACUGGUUUCCAUGGCUUGUUGGAAUGCCAUGCGAGACUACCAUUUCAAUCUGUUCACUAAUAUUUGGUGGUGUUUUAGAACGACACCCAAAACUUAAACUAUCUUUUGCACAUGGAGGUGGCUCUUUUCCCGGGACCAUUGGGCGAAUUAUUCAUGGCUUUAAUGUGAGACCGGAUUUAUGUGCCACAAAAAUAACCAAAAAUCCUCUUGAAUACAUCAAUCGAAUAUACGUUGAUUCGUUAGUUCAUGACGAGGACACCUUGAAAUUCCUCAUCAAAAAGAUUGGUAUUGACCGAAUCAUGUUGGGCAGCGACUACCCGUUCCCACUUGGUGAACAUCAUCCCGGAAAGUUAAUCGAGGAAUGUGACGCGUUAAGCGAUGAAGAUAAGGAGAAACUUUUGAGUGGCAAUGCGUUGAAGUUCCUAGGAAUCGAGAACAAAAAGGAUAUGUUUAUACAAAAGUAA